AUGAGCGUUAUACACAAUUAUUAUCCACCAUAUUCACCAACUUCACCAACUUCGACUUUUGUCGACGAUAGCGAACAAAGUUACGGAAGACGUACUAGCGAUACGAGCAUAUCCGUUACUUCCACGUUCACCGCCGCGAGUACAAUAACCUCUCAGCCGUACCUUCCCAUAGCAGAAAAAUUUUACUCGCCAACCUCAAAUGCCUUGAUAAGUUCGCCAACACAUUCAGAAUACCCGAUAGAACAUGUUGACGUAGAAGCAAUAUGGUAUCGGAAAUAUUUUAUUCAAAAGCAACAUCCUACAUUUAUAGGAAUCACUGAAUCAUACGGUACGGUGAUCGUUUCGUUAAUGUUGGAUGGGACAACCAUUAAUAAUAAUCGCGAUAAUAUCUAUUGGUAUAGAUAUAUUUUACGCAAAAAGGAAUCGCCUGAUGAUCGGGGUGUGUUGGCGGGUCCUCCGCCACCAAGUCCCCUUAACGACCCUCCCUGGGAUGUGUUAUUGAGAAUGAUUUCACGUGAAUUAGUUCAACCACGUCUCAAAAAGUUAAUAACGACACCAGAAUUAUCCGAAAAGUUGCUUGCCCUCGAUGAGGAUAGACUUCAAACAACCUACAAAGUAGGGGUGUUAUACUGCGCUCCAUCACAGACGACAGAAGAGGAGUGGUUUUCGAACACGUUAACAUCGGAUGCUUUCUCGGAUUUCUUGGAGUUGUUGGGAACAAAAGUCAAAUUAUCGGAAUUUGGAGGAUUUUCGGGUGGCCUGGACACAAAGACGAACGAGACCGGGGACUAUUCGGUUUAUGAUGACGAAACCAUUAAAAAUUAUGAGAUCAUGUAUCACGUUAGCACGAUGCUCCCGUAUGAAACCUCGAAUAAAUACCAAAUCACGAGAAAACGUCAUAUCGGAAAUGACAUCGUUUGUAUCAUAUUUCAGGAUGUGGCGAAACCUUUCUCGCCUUCUUCUAUUCGUUCACAAUUCUUGCAUGUUUACGUGAUCGUUAGUCCCGUGGUGUUCGAACUUGAUAAUGAAUUUGGAGGUCGUACCAGUACCCAAAUUGGUUAUCGCGUGGAGGUCGUGUGUAAGGAUGGGGUGCCUUAUUUCGGUCCUCCGUUACCGGAUCCCCCAAUAUUUCAAGACCCGACAUCAUUAAGGAAAUUCUUGGUCGCCACCAUCAUAAAUGGUCAAAAUGCUGCGUGGAAGACCCCAAAGUUAUCGGAACCGUUUCAAAGGGCUCGUGGUGGUAUAAUACAGGACAUUGCGAAUAAAUUAGUUCCGUUCUCGAAUGAAGUUGCUCCUUCACCUCCUCAACCUCCCAAGAAGCUGUCUCAUGUUGAAUUGAAUUACAUACUGAAGAGAUUAUUCGUGGACCGGUUAAAAUUUGGUGGGGUUCCCCCUGACAUGACAAAUGUGAAAGAAUUGCUUGAAAAAGGUGCCAAUCCAAAUAUUAGGAUACCUCAACCUAGACCGUUGAGAGAAAAGGGAGGAUGUCAACAUUGUACCUUCUGUCCAAAUCACAACUCUAAGCCGAUUUCAUCAUCACCAUCCAUAAAUCAUAAAUUACACAAACUUCCAAACAUAUUAUUCGCUACGAUAGCGUUGGCGGAUGACCCCGAUUAUAUCAAAUUUUUGAUAAAUUAUGGAGUAGAAACGAUGCCAAAAGAUUCACAUUUUCCAAACGCGUUUGUAUUUGCCGCCACUCAUAAACGCGUGGAAACAAUGAAAUGUUUAUUAGAGAGCGUGCCUGCCUUAUCAGAUCCGGAAUCGGUUGAUACGGCAAUCAAUGAUACUUAUAAUAGUGCCUACUCUCGAAAUACAAAUAAAAAUGGUAAUAAAUUGUGUGCAGCUUAUGGUAAUAAAUUAUGGAAUGGAAUCUCGUUCGCUUUCAAGAUCAAAAGUUAA